GCUUCCUAGUGGUUUUCCACCAUCACAUCUUGAGGAUUCAAGCCUGCUACAACUUCCGCUUGGCACAUUUGAUUAAUCAGUCACACCGUCGUAUUUGUUUGGCGGAUUUCGCUCACUGGCAAGUCCAGCUCUAUUAUCAUGCAAUGUUUCGUUCGCGACUUAAGAAACACUACCAGUAAGCUCUUUCGGGACGAAGUACUCCUUAGCUAUGAAAGGCAGAACAUCCAAAACCUGUUACUGGAUGGCAAAGCGAUCCAUGAGGAUAUGCUCAAGCUACUAUGGAUUUUACAUCGACAGCGCGUAAAACUACUUUUCAGUGGGCGGUUGGCGAAAAGCUGUGGUGCAAGAGUGGCUUGGUUUACCAGACUGCAUUUUGAUUCGAAAUCAGAGAACUCAAGUUAUUCCCACCAUAUAGAGAUAUUCCGUCACCUGCGGGACAAUCCAAAUGUGAUAGUCAAUCUCCUUGUCCUUUUCGAAUCCAAUCCGGAAAUCAUGGAAAUUCUUUGCUUCCUCACGUUGACUACCGUGGGGAACUUCGCCAUAAAUCACCAGGAUGUAUCCUUUCUGGCGAACGUGAUUCACGCCAUUCAGCCACAUUCACCACGUUUUCCCAUGAACUAUACCCCAUUUGCCUCAUUGUUCAACGUUUGUUUUUGUGACACGCAUCAAGCACAUGGAUUUAUGCGUGUUCUCCUGCAUGAUGUUGUGGCAAGAAUAUCUGAGUUUACUUAUGUUCCCGAUCGGCACAGCGGCGAUGAUGACAUCAUGCAUGGUGCUUCUUCUGUGUCGCGUUCAACUUUCUAUUCCGAUGUGCGGUGUCUUCCGAGAUGUUUUUCAGAAGAAGAGUUUUGUUUUCUGGUCAACCUACUGAUUCGACGUUUUAUCGAAGCCGUACCUCUUUUCCCACAACCUUUGCUGGUACUUUUGAAAAUACAUAGGCAGCGGUUGGCAAGCGCUGGAGACCUGGCUGUGGAAAUUUUUUCGCGAAGUGUUGAAUUCCUGACCAGCGCGUUCAUGGUUCGUGCUAUAGUUCAACCUCUACUCUAUGGAUACUACUCUGAUCAGUAUUUGGAUCCUAGUGGUCGGAAAAUUUUGCAUCAGGUUGCGUCGGCUUUCAAGUUUCUAGCGCUCAACUGUAUUCCUUCAGAACACACCUCCAAGCCUACUGGAACAAUUCCAGAGCUUGGUGUUUCACAGGACAUGCUAGUGAAGAAGUGUGAUGUUGGCGAACUUCACGAAGCCUUCGAACGUAUUUUUGAACAAGCAGACAAAAUUCCUAACGUCUGUCCAGCUCAGAAUGGUGGCACAGAUGAGAUUCAGCGACCAAAAUUAGCGGACGGCUUCCGGAACAAGAGUCCACUUGGUUUACCGUCUUCUUUGACUGGUGAGAUGAAUCCUCCCCCCAUCACUAUCGUCACCGCAUCCGAUUUAAAUAUUCUCAUUGGCUGUCUAAGAAUUCUUGUUCAACAACAUCCGGAUGUUCACGGUAAGCUCAGAAAAAUGUUGGAUCAUCUCCCUGAGCGCGUCCCGGGUUCACUGGUUGGCGUCCGGAGUCAAUCGAAUGAAACGCACGUGGCAGCACGAGCAACGAACAGGAAAGCUGCUGCUCCCAGCGGCUCUUCUUCAAAGCAGUACGAAUUGGUCUGCUUGGACCCAUCAAAGGAUAGCAAUACGUUAGCUCCAAACUCCGGUUUCCCGACUGAUUCCUCUCGUACCUCCCCUAAACCCAAACGAAGUGGGUCUACUGGUCGGCUCGCUGUACAGGAUAAUCGAGUUGAUCAUCUUCUACGCCAGCAAAACCGAUUCGGUUCUUUGGGUCGUGUGAACCAGGCAGUUCAAAUGACGCAGAUACAAUCUGAUCCCUAUUUGAGCGAGUCCAGACGGGAUGACCGUCCCUAUGAGACUGUGUUUGUCAUGUCACAUGGUGAUUCCUGCUAUCAAAUGCAGGACAAAGUUCUGUCGGAGAAACAGUUUUUGAGCUCUUGUGAUACGACCGUAACAGAUACAGAUCCGCUGCAUAGUGAUACCUCUGAGGUAUAUACCGAAUUGUUUGGAACGAGCGGCACAGCUGAGCAUGUAAACGAUCCGAUACAGGCGAAACGUUCGAAUCCCGUGAGUCAAAGUCAAAGUAGUAGUGGUCUCAGUAGAUCUAGUGGAGAUGUGGAAUGCAAUUUACUGGACAACAGUUUCACUGGAGAUGGUGGGCUGGACGUUCUCAAUACGACGAAUGAAGAGGAACUAUUGGGGGGAGAAGAUCGUUCCAACGACCGAUCAUCGGAUGUCUCCGAACGCAGUGGCUGCACCAGUUUGGCUAGCAGCGCUCACGCGCUUGGACGACGUAUGCAGCACAACACUGUUCUUGCUGAUUGUAGCCUCACGUCGGAUGACUUAGUUGAGGUACCUGAAGCACGUGCUUCUCAGAGAGUCUUCAAUACGGUAGAGCCACCCGACUGUUCGAGCACCGGGCGAACAAGGCAUUCAGGUCAGCCAUCAUCUGUGGAAGCGGUGGAGAAACGUACUCGGUUUUCUAUCUCGGAAUUUUCCCGAGCCAACGACUCGUAUGGUCCCCGUCAAGAAACCCAACGUGCGCCUGGACGUCGAUCGGUCCAAAGAUCAUCGUUCGGUGCGACUGAACGGGACCACAAACCAAAUGGUUGCAAUAGUUUACGAGCUCGUCUUGUUCGCACCACGUCGGCAGAGCUGUUGUUGCGUCAUGAUGUUUCACGGAGACUCUCGCCCAUAGCUGCGAUCGGCUUGCCGGCUGCUGGUCCAUCCUCGGAUUCUCACCAACCAAAUCCGUCAAACCCAAAACGUUCGUCCUCUCUGAACAACUUGCAGAGCGCCUCUGAGUUUCGUGUGCGAUCGACUGAGAUGCAAGAGACUCAGGAUGGUAACGAUUCCCUGCCAACACCUGAUACGCAAGAAGCGGAUGAACGAUCCAGUGUGCGAACAUGUUCAUCAUGCGGCAUACACAUUACUGGAGGGGAAGCACUUUCAAGAACGACUGACGCCCCCCGGGUACCUCUGGACGAUGGCAAUUUGAAUGGUCGACUGGAUGAGGAUGAUGCACUGUCCGAUCUUCCACUAUCGUCAGCUAAUGUGUCCGGCCGGGUGACUCCACUAUCCCUCGCCAGCAGUGCCUCCCGUGCCACUUCCGGAGUGGUUGUUCCCCAUAUAAUGGACCAUCCUAACAAUUCACGUGGUCAUGCUUACAGCCGAAGUGGAUUUGUGCUCCCUACUCCACCUGUCACUUUGUCCACAUCGGGUGGGGUUGGCGGUAGUGUUGGAACAGCACGGUGUUGUCUAAUUGAUUUUCCACCCACUAUAUUGCAGAGAAAUAUGUCUUCCGAUGUUACGGACAAGUUUGGAAAGUUUGACCUGCCUCCUGUGCGGAUCGCGGAAUCCGAGGCGCGAUCGACUGUCAGUGACACCUGGUCCACAGAUGUACUACCUUCGGACACGGAGUAUCCUGAUAUUGGUCCUGAUUUAUUAGGUUCAGAUAUUCCCAGUGGAAGACCGAGUCAUCAUCAUCAUUAUCAUCAUCAUCAUCGUCACCAUUAUCAUCGUCACCAUCACCAUCGUAACCAUCACGACACAGACAACUGCAACCAGCCUGCUGGUCAUGUUGCACAUCCCAGUCUGACAGGAGCCGGAUCCAUUAGGCCAGUUGCUGACCCGCGAUCAGGUUCUGCCAGAUUGCCUCUGGACGACGUCGAAUCGCAUUCUCAACCUAAUCAAUCUUCUCCCAAUUCGCAACCAACUUCGACUCAUGUGGAGUUCAGCCGACGCGAACAAAGCCCAGAUCCAGACACAACUGCAUCUCAACGACAAAAUUCCAUUCGAAAGGUUGCGCGAAUUCCCAACGGAUCUGUUGUUCAGUUGGAUGUUAGACGGAGGCUUAAACCUUCUGAGACCCGUGUGUAUACGACACACCCCAGCACAACGGCCCCAACGCUCAGCGUUCCGCGUGGGGAUAACUGCUCUACCCAAUCUGUCCGUUCACUGCAGUCUUGUCCAGCCAGGAACGCAACGUGUGAUACACCUGCUGGUGACGUUAUGUCUACAUCAAGCUCCUCAACGCGCCUAGCCGGUGUACAGCUCAUCAAAGAUGGAUGCUCCAGACUGAAAAGUAAGGUGGUACUGCGCUCGCGUUUUUCUCUCAAGCAGAGUGUAAAUCCUACCAACAGUCCACGAUCAAUGUUCCACUGGAAUCCGGACAGCAAGCAAGCAACUGACAGUACGAAACGAAUGGAAGAAACAGCGAUACCAACUCAACCGGAAAUAUCGGCACAAGACCAGUGGCUGAUGCCGAAGCAGCAACGACGUCACAAUCUGUGCCGGAAAUUGCACCACUUUCCAGUUCACUUGCCUCGCUGUCCUCACAUGCAACCAAUUCUUCGUCUGCAUCUUCCUCCGCACACAGCUGAACAUCGACCACUUGCCUCGCUGUCCUCACAUGCAACCAAUUCUUCGUCUGCAUCUUCCUCCGCACACAGCUUGAACAUCGACCCGGAUGAUUUCACGACCCAUGUGGCUCCGGAUUCCAAUGCGACUACACUGAUUGUUAGGGGAGAAGAAUCUGUCGACCAGAUGAUGGCCCGUUACCGAAUGAAAAUGGACUCGGGACGCCGGAUGACCGUGAAUUUCUCUCUAUCCACUGAGGAAAAAUCAUCUGGCGAUUGCAACGAAAACCCUCGUUCAAUCUUAUCUACUGGCUUGUUCGGAGAUUGGACUAGCGAUGCCCGGUCUGCCCUGGCAACACAGUCUCUUGAAUCGAUUCGUGAACAGGUCAGACAUGGAUUGAGGAUAAUAUUCUCCAACUCCAUUAUCGGUUCCGUCGGACGUCAGAUUUUGGACAAGGCAGAGUUUGCUCUAAAAGCAUCCGCACGUGAUACGCACCUCCAGUCUCAGGGAUUCAAAGAGGAAGAUGCAUUCUUUUUCACUGUGCUUCAGGCCUUGCUUGCAGAAGCUAUUGCUUAUCAGGACAGUGCACUAGUGACCACCAUUCGAGAAACUGGACGAUUGUUUCGCCUCCUUGUAGACAGUUUGAAGAACGACCAGCUAGUCCAGACAGAGGUACGAUCAUCCAAAUCUCCUUCACCGUCAAGGCACAAGACUAUUGUCCCUGGUUUGUUAGCAGACCUCCGUUCGGAGCGUCGUCGACGUCAUCGUUACUUUGCGUAUCUUAUUCGCACAAGUAUCCGCGUCGCUCAGGCAAAUCAACAUCUGAAUUCGCUUAAAUUGCGAGUUCGACACAACCUCACCCUUCAGUGUGACAAUUUGCUGUACAACGCAAUUACCAGCUUUCUUGACUCUCAGUUGGAAUUGUUCGAGGAUUUCUACGCUCGACUCACGAAAGCACGUUCCUCCAGCGAAGCUGAAGAACUACCCAGUGUGGCACGUGGCCUAGUUAAUCAAUUCAUUCACACUUUGGUCACCAAGUGGAGCGCUCUGUCCCUUCAACUAUUCUCAGCCCCUGUAGACGAUCCCGACUUUGCUUACCUAUCCACAACUGUUUCGGGGCCAUCCCACCUGAUCCGGCUUGUGAUGGAGAAGGUGUACAGAUCUGGCAUUUGGAUGAAUGAUGCCUCGGUGGAGCGGGAGCGCGAUGUGCUGUUGCACCGCGAGCUGGCCAGCUUGGGUCACUUGUUUACCGCAAACGACCUACAGAUUCCUGAACGAUUCCAUAUACUUCAACCGUUCAUCUCGGUUCAAGAAGAACUACGACUGCUCGAUCGGUCACACGUUCCCAGUGAAAUGCUCCAAUGUCUGAAGAGUGUCAACGACCGAAUUGUUACCACACUUGCCUUAGUAUCCCCCGAUUCGCCUCCCAGCGCCGACGAUUUGUUACCUGUGCUUAUUUAUGUUAUUAUUCAGGUCAACCCACCGAGGCUGCUUACCAACAUUGCGUUUAUCGAAACCUUUGGUAGCAACUUGGAAGGGGGAGAUCAGUAUAGCUGGUGCCAGUUCCGCGCUGCAGUUGCCGAGGUCCGACGUCUUCUGUCCGCAGUGUUACUCGACGAGGACGGUACGCACUCUCACACCGGGUGAACAUCCUAACAAUCCGAUUCCACACAGUGCAUAGCAUCGCCAUCGACUGCACCUGUUUUCGCUUUAUUUCCUUCUUUUUCUACCGCCGCUCACCACUCUUGCAGUUACUGCGAUAUAAUAACAACCGAAAACCACUUACUGUGAUCUGUUUCUCUAUCCCUUGAUCCUGUGUAAAUGCAACUUUGUACGAUAUGUUCCAAUGUAAUUACUUAUUCUUACCCUGAUUGUAACACCAGAAAAUGUGACGAUAGG